AUGGCGGCCGCUCACCUCCAGGCGGUGCUGGGUUACCUGGAAGCCUUCAGCAGGGCGGCCUCGCCGGAGAAUGCUCUGGCGGAAUGUGAGAGGCAGUUCGACCUCCUUCAGGCUAGCCUCACAGAGACUGAGUUUGACUGCUCCUCUGCUUCCGAGGUUUUGGUCCUGCUAGACUCGGCAGCCGCAAAACUGUGCUUGUCAGAGCAGCAAAGGCGUCAGCUUGCGCAGGCGCUGCCCACAGCCACUGCAGAAGGGAAACCGAGCAAGCCUUCCACUAAGCGGAAGCGUCGAGACCAGCAGGACUUCUCCUACGCCUUCCGGUACUUGACGAGAAGUGUCUGGCAGCAGCUACAGGACCCCGGCCUGCGCGACUUCAAAAAGCUGGACGUGCUGUCCAGCUACCUGGCCAGCUUGGGGCUCCGCUGUCCGUCCGAGUUCACAGCCCAAGUGGUGACCUGGUACUUCUUGCUGUACGGCUCGGACCACGUGCCCAUGAACGACGCGUUGGCCGUGCACAAGCAGUACCUCUCAGUCAAGAACGCUCUGCAAAAGCACGCGCGUUUGUGUCCAAAGCUCCCCGACCUGCCGUACGUGGUGGCUCUCCCAAGCAACGUGGGCGACCUUGACCAUGCUUGGCGUGACCGUGUCUUCGCGCAAGAAGCUCCCGCGGCGGCUCCCUUUGACGACGAGGAGUUCAGGCUCAACGCAGUCGGCGUGCCGGCUCGCAUGAGCAACAAGUGGGUGCGGCUGCAGCUACAAACCCUGAAGAUGCGUACGGGCAAGACUCCGGUUGGCCCUUGUGUCCGCAGCAGUAGCGAGAUGAAGUUUGCACUGCCUCGCUGCCCCUCGACAAUGGACUGCGACUCAGACGAAAGCCCACUGUUCUUGAAGGAGCGCCGCAGGCAACCGCCGGCAGCCCUGCUGCCCCCGCCUCCGCUGCAGCCCAGCCAGCAUGCGCAGCUUCAGGCGUCUCGAGCAGAGGCGAUGACUGGGCAGCCGGCUGCGACUCCUGCCGCAUCUGGAGUUCCUCCGCUCAGUGUUGCUGAAGACAGCAAAGCUACUUCUUCACCAUCUGCAGGGCUGCUUCAGGUGUGCUCCUCUGAGAAACAGUCGCUGGCGCUGCCGGCCACGCCUCUGCAAGUCUCGGACAGGCCCUGCCAGCCUGCCAUGCAGGUUGCUCGUGGGCCAGAGACUGCGCCCGUGCUCUCUGGAGCCGCGCCAGCUACUGGUAGUUUGGCGCCUGAUGCUGCACCUCAGCCGGGUUCUUCUGCGAGUGUGCGUGGCGGACCUGCAGCAGUCCUUCAGCAAAAGGGCGGCGAGGCAUCUGGCCGAAGCUCGGUCUUGAAUGCGGCUCUGGAGCUACAGGUAGCCAUGGGCUCGAAACUGCCAAAGCUGGCGGCGCAUGCGCUGGAGGAGCCAAAGAAGAGUACGCCACCCACUAAAGGCCAAAGCCCGAAGAAGAAGAAAAACAACAAGACGAAGAAGGAGAGCAGCGCCACGGGCAAGAAGUCUGGAAAGAACCCGACCUCGAAGCCCGACCCUCGUGCAGAGGCAAAGAACAAGGGCAAGUCCAAGAAGAAGACCAUGGAAGAGCGGCAGCACUUCAAGCCAGGUUCGGCGGCGGAGCGCGCGUAUCGCAAGGCGUGCGGCGUCCCGUCGAGUCUCCUGCAGAAGUACAAGAAAGGCUGCAGCAAAUGCAGGAAGCGGCCGGGCUGCACUCGUAGCUGCUGGCUUUUGCGACACUACCAGGUCUGA